AUGCCUACUUAUGCAAAAUUUAUGAAGGACGUCAUCUCCAAGAAAAGAACCAUCGAUCAUGACCCUAUUAUUCUAACCGAAACUUGUAGUGCUAUUUUGCAGGGUAUGAAGAUUCCGGUGAAGAAGAAGGAUAGAGGUUCCGUGACUAUUCCUUGUACAAUUGGGGAUAGGUUAUUCAAGAAAGCUCUAAUUGAUUUGGGAGCAAGUGUGAGCCUUAUGCCAUUGUCUAUCUACAAGAGAUUGGGGAUAGGUAACAUACAGAAUACAAGAAUGACACUCCAGUUUGCUGACCACUCUGUGAAAAGACCUUAUGGGAUAGUAGAAGACGUGCUUGUGAAAAUAGACAAAUUCAUGUUCCUAGUGGAUUUUGUGAUUCUAGAAAUGCCGGAAGAUGAGGAGAUCCCUAUUAUUUUAGGAAGGCCAUUUCUAGAGACAGGGCGAUGUUUGAUAGACAUCGAAGAAGGGACGAUGACUCUAAAGGUAUAUGAUGAGGAGUUAAAGAUAGAUGUGCGAAAUACCAUGAAGUACAAAGAUGAUGUUGCCACAAGCCAACACAUCGAGGUAAUUGAUCAAGUCAUCACAAAUGAACAUGCUUUGACAUCACAACAAUUGCCUUUAGAGAGAGUGUUGAGUUCGUCUAUUUUUUAA